AUGGACGCCUACCACCACGUCCUCACCAAGGACGAGUACCUCUCGCUCCUUUGCGCGUGGAUGCGCGUCGCGGGUAUAGAGGAUCACCACGCCGUGACCAUUCUUCGCGCCCUCGCGUUGAUUCGGGAACUGAAAGAAAUGGGCGUUUGGCAGGGGUUUUGA